GGGGGUGGGGAGCGAUCGCGGGCUGAGCGACCGGCGGCCGGCGGGCGGGCGGCGCUUCCCGAAGGGUUCUGCCGCCGCGGCCUGGGCGGAGCGGGCUGCCUCUGAAGAAAGGAGGAUGGCGUUCAGCAAAGGAUUUCGAAUCUAUCACAAAUUGGAUCCCCCACCGUUCAGCCUCAUAGUGGAAACUAGGCAUAAGGAAGAAUGUCUCAUGUUCGAGUCUGGGGCUGUGGCAGUACUCUCGUCUGCAGAAAAAGAGGCAAUCAAGGGUACAUACUCCAAAGUAAUGGAUGCAUAUGGACUCUUAGGUGUUUUACGAUUAAAUCUUGGUGAUACUAUGUUACAUUAUCUGGUCCUAGUCACUGGAUGUAUGUCUGUUGGAAAAAUUCAAGAAUCUGAAGUUUUCCGAGUUACUUCCACUGAGUUUAUAUCACUACGAAUUGAUACUUCAGAUGAGGAUCGCAUUUCAGAAGUACGAAAAGUUUUGAAUUCAGGAAACUUUUAUUUUGCAUGGUCUGCAUCUGGAAUCAGUUUAGAUCUGAGUCUUAAUGCGCAUCGUAGCAUGCAAGAACACACAACUGAUAAUAGAUUUUUCUGGAAUCAGUCUUUGCACUUACAUCUCAAGCACUACGGUGUGAAUUGCGACGAGUGGUUAUUACGCCUCAUGUGCGGCGGGGUAGAAAUCAGGACCAUCUAUGCUGCUCAUAAACAGGCCAAGGCCUGCCUCAUUUCAAGACUGAGCUGUGAACGCGCUGGGACCAGGUUCAAUGUCCGCGGGACGAAUGAUGACGGUCACGUGGCUAAUUUUGUGGAAACAGAACAGGUUGUGUACUUGGAUGACUCUGUUUCUUCCUUCCUACAAAUCCGGGGUUCUGUUCCCUUGUUUUGGGAACAACCAGGUUUGCAAGUGGGAUCCCAUCGUGUCCGCAUGUCAAGGGGAUUUGAAGCCAACGCACCUGCUUUUGACAGAUGCCAGAGUGGUACAGUUCGCACAAACUGCUUGGACUGUCUUGAUAGAACGAACAGUGUGCAGGCGUUCCUUGGCUUAGAGAUGCUAGCUAAGCAGUUGGAAGCUCUCAGCUUGGCUGAAAAGCCUCAGUUGGUGACCCGCUUUCAGGAAGUCUUCCGGUCAAUGUGGUCUGUGAACGGUGACUCCAUCAGUAAGAUAUACGCAGGAACCGGGGCGCUCGAAGGGAAGGCCAAGGGUGGAAAGUUAAAAGAUGGAGCACGUUCUGUUACCAGGACAAUCCAGAACAACUUCUUUGACAGCUCCAAGCAAGAGGCCAUUGACAUUUUGCUGCUGGGAAAUACUCUAAAUAGUGACCUAGCUGACAAAGCUCGAGCACUCCUAACCACUGGAAGUUUGCGUGCAUCUUCUAAAGUACUGAAGAGCAUGUGUGAGAAUUUCUACAAGUAUUCGAAGCCCAAGAAAAUCCGAGUGUGCGUCGGGACCUGGAACGUGAAUGGAGGGAAGCAGUUUCGCAGCAUAGCCUUCAGGAAUCAGACGCUCACUGACUGGCUGCUGGACGCGCCCAGGCUCGCGGGCAUCCAGGAAUUCCAAGAUAAAAGAAGUAAGCCAACUGAUAUAUUUGCAAUUGGUUUUGAAGAAAUGGUGGAGUUGAAUGCUGGAAACAUUGUGAAUGCAAGCACAACUAAUCAGAAGCUCUGGGCGGUGGAACUUCAGAAGACAAUCUCCAGAGACAACAAGUAUGUGCUGCUGGCUUCUGAGCAGCUGGUGGGCGUCUGCCUCUUUGUUUUUAUCAGACCACAGCAUGCUCCUUUUAUCAGGGAUGUUGCAGUUGACACUGUGAAGACUGGGAUGGGAGGUGCUACUGGGAAUAAGGGAGCUGUUGCCAUCCGGAUGCUGUUCCACACCACAAGCCUCUGCUUCGUCUGCAGCCACUUUGCUGCAGGCCAGUCACAAGUCAAAGAGAGAAACGAAGAUUUUGUAGAGAUAGCGCGGAAACUGAGUUUCCCCAUGGGAAGGAUGCUGUUUUCCCAUGAUUAUGUAUUUUGGUGUGGUGAUUUCAACUAUCGAAUUGAUCUCCCUAACGAAGAAGUUAAAGAGCUUAUAAAACAACAAAAUUGGGAUUCUCUUAUAGCAGGAGAUCAACUAAUCAAUCAGAAAAAUGCUGGACAGAUUUUUAGAGGAUUUUUAGAGGGGAAAGUAACUUUUGCUCCGACAUAUAAGUAUGAUUUGUUUUCCGAUGACUACGACACCAGUGAAAAGUGCCGAACGCCAGCCUGGACGGACCGCGUCCUUUGGAGAAGAAGGAAGUGGCCUUUUGAUAGAUCAGCUGAAGAUUUAGAUCUUCUAAAUGCUAGUUUUCAGGAUGAAAGUAAAAUCCUCUACACCUGGACCCCCGGCACACUGCUGCACUACGGAAGGGCCGAGCUGAAGACUUCUGACCAUAGGCCUGUCGUUGCCCUGAUUGAUAUAGAUAUAUUUGAAGUUGAAGCUGAAGAAAGGCAAAACAUUUAUAAGGAAGUGAUUUCAGUUCAGGGUCCACCAGAUGGCACAGUACUGGUCUCAAUCAAAAGUUCUUUACCAGAAAAUAAUUUUUUUGAUGAUGCUUUGAUUGAUGAGCUUCUGCAGCAGUUUGCAAAUUAUGGUGACGUUAUACUCAUAAGAUUUGUAGAAGAUAAAAUGUGGGUUACAUUUUUGGAGGGAAGCUCUGCCUUGAAUGUUCUGAACCUAAAUGGUAAAGAGUUAUUGGGUCGGACUAUAACUAUUACUUUAAAAAGUCCAGACUGGAUCAGAACUUUGGAGGAAGAAAUGAGUUUGGAGAAAAUUAGCGUACCCUUGCCAUCAUCAACCAGCUCGACCCUGCUUGGUGAAGAUGCAGAGGUGACGGCAGAUUUCGAUAUGGAAGGUGAUGUUGAUGACUACAGCGCGGAAAUAGAGGAAAUCCUUCCUCAGCAUCUCCAGCCGGCUUCGAGCUCUGGCCUGGGCACUUCGCCCAGCUCCUCACCGCGGACCAGUCCCUGCCAGUCACCUACCAUAGCAGAGGGUCCUGUACCGCCCCCUCCCGUCAGACCAAGUCGAGCGCCGUCCAGAACUCCGGGGCCUCCAAGUUCACAAAGUUCUCCUGUGGACUCUCAGCCAGCAACACAGUUACAGCAAAAAGAUUCUUCUCAGACCUUAGAGCCCAAACGGCCUCCUCCUCCCCGCCCAGUUGCUCCUCCCACGCGUCCAGCUCCCCCACAGAGACCACCUCCACCGUCAGGACGCAGUCAGCCUUCACCUCAGGCCGGACUCCCAGGCCCAGCCCCCGCUGGAUACAGUGCAGCCAGACCGGUAGGCAGCGCCUCAGCCGGGAGCUGAGGGGUCCAGGUCCUAGGCGCAAAUCUGCUACUGUUAAUUUUGGUACCUUGGAGAGAUCAUGUGACCUUUGAAGUCCCCAGUCUCCUCAACUGUAAGAUGAGGGAAUUGCAAUAGAAAACGUGUAAGGUACCUGCCAACUCUAGCAUUAUAUUAACAUACUCUUCACAAGUAACUAAACAUACUUUGGUAUUUGGAUAAGAGUGACAGGCUGAAAUAAUCAUGGUCACAAAAGAAGUAGCUCAGAGUGUCUAAGUGUAUGAGGAGAGGAUACACCUGGACAGCUUUUUAUUGUAUAUUAUCUGAGUAACUGAGGAGCGUAUGAACUCUUCCUUCGAUCAGAAGGAUUUUAGUGAAGUUUCAGGAAGAACAGUUCUGAUAGAGCCAGUAUGCUGACACUGUAAGGGCAGGAGAGAGUCAGGAUUUUGUGAGAUUCAAUCUUACUAACGUUUGCUUAAAGUAAGAGCUGUGAGCCUGUAGCCUUCAGGAAGAGUAUGAGAAGAGAAAACGUGUCUUUCAGCAGCGCGUCUUCCAGUGUAUUUAAUUUAGAAUAGUGAGUUAGUCAUUCCAGAGUUUUACUUUUGUGUUUGGGAAAAAAAAAAUUCAGGAUGUGGCUUUUUUGUAAGCCUCUUAGUUGCUCAGAAUAGACGUCAUUCCCUAUCCUCGUGAACUGGAACGUCUUCCCUGUAAGAUCUUCCUGGGCUCUCUUGUUAGGGCAGCCUUGCACAGCAGCUAAGAGCAAAGGCCCUGCAGUGAGACCUGAGUGUGGAUCCUAGCUCUUGUUUCUCCCUGGGUGGCCUUGGGCAGGUUACAUACAUUUCCUCGUCUUUAAAAUCGGAGUGAUAAAAUAAUACCUGCCUCUUAGAGAUG